AUGGCCACGGCAUCGGCGUGUGUGCGGGUGGCUUCUCCGUUCAUGGGCCCACCUCUCCGGCAUCCCUGCCACGUUAUCUCAGCGAGGCGGGGACCCAGGAAGGCCGGGCUGGUCGUCACGGCGGCCGCCGCGGCCGGCGGUGGGUCGCCGCGCACUGUGCUCGUCACCACCGCCGGCGGCCGAACAGGCCAAAUUGUGUACAAGAAGUUGAAGGAGAGGGCAGGCCAGUUUGUGGGACGAGGCCUAGUCAGGACAGGAGAGAGCAAGGGCAAAAUCGGAGGCGGUGACGACGUGUUCAUCGGCGACAUAAGAGACCCCGAGAGCAUUGCUCCUGCGAUCGAGGGCAUCGACGCGCUCAUCAUCCUCACCAGCGCGGUCCCGAAAAUGAAGCCGGGGUUUGAUCCUAGCAAAGGGGGCCGCCCUGAGUUUUACUUUGAAGAAGGGAGCUAUCCUGAACAGGUGGAUUGGAUUGGCCAAAAGAAUCAAAUAGAUGCUGCUAAGAACAUUGGUGCAAAGCACAUAGUUUUGGUGGGAUCCAUGGGAGGAACAGACAUCAAUCACCCACUAAACAAGUUAGGAAAUGCGAAUAUACUGGUGUGGAAGCGCAAGGCAGAACAGUACCUAGCGGACUCUGGUCUUCCAUAUACAAUUAUAAGAGCUGGCGGUUUACAAGAUAAAGAUGGUGGCUUGCGAGAGUUGAUUGUUGGGAAGGAUGAUGAGAUCCUGAAAACAGAAACAAGAACUAUUGCCAGGGCCGAUGUUGCAGAAGUUUGCAUACAGGCCUUGCUAUUCGAAGAGGCAAAGUUUAAGGCAUUUGAUCUGGCAUCAAAACCAGAAGGUGAAGGGACGCCAACUACAGACUUUAGCGCACUUUUUGCACAAGUUAAUAGUCGCUUCUAA